GUUAAUUUCCCUGAAAGGCAUUUCUAAUUUCACACUUAAAUAUUCAAUAUUCGUUUACAAAAAAUGGUAAAUGAGACUAGUUUGUCACAAUUCUUUGCUCCAGAUAAACGUAAAGAAGCUUUGAGUUGGAAAGAGAGAGUUGAGAUUGCACUUGGUGCCGCACAAGGGCUAGAGUACUUGCACCAUGGUUGCAAGCCACCAAUAAUUCACAGAGAUGUGAAGCCUGCAAACAUUUUGUUAAAUGAGAAAAUGGAGGCCAAGAUCGGAGAUUUUGGUUUCUCCAAGUUUUUUCCAAUUGAAAGUGGAAGCCAUAUAUUGACAUCAAUUGUCGGCACAGUGGGUUAUCUUGAUCCGGAGUAUUAUGCAUGUAACAGGUUGGCCGAGAAAAGUGAUGUGUAUAGUUUUGGAGUCGUACUCUUGGAACUGAUUACUGGUCAGCCUGCUGUGAUGAAAGGCAAUGUUGAGAACAUUCAUAUAAUUCACUGGGUUAGUCCAUUUCUUGAAGGAGGUGAUGUAAGAAGCAUUGUUGAUCAGAGGCUAGAAGGAAAUUUUGACACAAAUUCUGUUUGGAAAGCUGUAGAGACAGCAAUGGAAUGUUUGCCACCAAUUUCCAUCCAGAGGCCAAGUAUGAGUCAUGUGGUAAUGCAAUUGAAAGAGUGUUUGGAGAUGGAAAUUGCUCGUGAACAAGCGUCACAAAUUGAGAGUCAAAUGAUGGAAUCAAACAAUUCAAUGGACAUGAGUCCUGUUGAUCUUGAAACAGAAAAGGGUCCUGAAGCAAGAUAGAAAGUAGACUAUUGAAUCAUGGUUUAAGUUUAUAAUCUUAUGCAAAAAUGAAACACUGAGAUAUGAGAAUAUGUAAACAUUUUAGGGAUUUGAGAGCCCUGGAAUGAGAAAUGUAACAGAAUAUUUUGUUAGCCUUUCACGUUAAUUGGCAGUAGAAAUGAAAAUUCUGAAAACCAAAACUUUUUACCAUUCAAUCGAUGAAAAUGACAGCAAAAUUUCCAGUUGGGCUGCAAUUUGAUUUGCAGAGAUAAAUAGCAUAGGACACUUAACUGGAGCUUAAAGAGCUGGUCAAGUCAUUUUUUCGGCUCCCCUUUAU